CCCGUAGACUCGCUUCCUUCGCCCCAGAGAACGAAGUCUGGUGGUGGUGGCAGUGCCUGUGUCGAGAACAUGGAAAAAUGGCGACGUAUUUAAAACGAACGUCAAAAUUGUUUGAUCUAUCGCUAUCGCGAGCGUCCGGGGAAGUGAAUUUGAGAGACUUGAUGUGCCCAGUGUGCAGGGGCAUCCUGAUUGAACCAGUAACAUUGCCCUGUACCCACAGUCUUUGCCUGAGGUGCCUCAAGGGAACUUUCGAACACAACAGUUUAAGUUGUCCCCUCUGCAGAGUACGGGUUGGCUCCUGGUUACGUACAGCUACCAAGUCUGAAACUCUAGUAAACAGCGGGCUUUGGGAGUUCAUUCGUACCAGAUUUCCUAAAGAGGUCGAGGGAAAGCACAACGGCGACGAGGAGGACAUCGAGCUGGACUCUGGAUUCAGAGCAACAAAUAAAAUACUUAGUGCGGCUGGAGAAAUUCGUAGGGAAUAUGAGGCGCAACUUCAAAUGGCCGAGGAAGAAAUGCGACGCAAGCGGGAGGCUGAACGUAUUGCUAGUGAAGUUUUAAUUCGGAAAAUUCAAGCUGAAGAGCAACAGCGAAUGGCACAGUUGGCACAAGAUCAGUUACUAGCUAAAACAUUAGCAAAAAAGCAAGUUGCCGAAAAGAAUAAAACAGUUACAAAUUACCAUACAGAUAAUUCAGAACUGGAAACUGAUAACAGCAUGGAUGAAUCUAAGCCUGAUAUAAAACUUCUGUCAUUGGGAGGUGUUCAAAUAUCUCAGGUAGAUGGUUCAGGUCUGGAAGAUGAGAAGCCCAUAAUAAAAUGCAGAGAUGGUACCGAACCACGAAAAUCGAAUAUUGCCUUAAUAUCGAAAAUUCGCGUAGAGCGCUACGCCUCCAGUAUGAAAGCAGGUGCAUCAAGUAUAUAUAAAACCUCACCCGAUAAAUUCUGCUGUCAAAAAUCAAUGCCGAUACAUAACGCCGUUACGCGGACACUGAAGCAUCAGGCUGUGCCAAAACUCACUCAACUCAGUAGUUCAAAUUAUAUAUCGGAGCCUGGUUGUUCUGGUUCAAAAAUUUAUAGCAUGCAGAGUAAAGAAGAAUUGCAUGUACCAGAUGACGUCCUGAAUAGCAAGAAGAAGAGUUUAGGAGUGGAAGUCUGCAUGACAGCAGGCGAUGACGAUGAGAGAAUCGGCAGUGCCGAAAGUGCUGGUAGCCAUGACAGUAUCAAUCAAGAAAUUCAUCAUUUCAAACCAAUCAAAGCCAUGCCAAGAACACCAUUAAAAAUUUCCUCCGACGGCAGGCAAAUAGAUCCGAAGUUAAUUAGAGUCGUUCCCAUCUUGAAACGAGCGUCCAAUACCGUGCCAAAACCUCCGUCACCAACUCAUUUGAAAAGAAUGUUUGGUUGUUCCUGGAGUGCCUUUAGAGGCAAGACGAGACAAGACUUGAAGACAAAGCAGAGUCCAACCAGUGAAGAAAGUGUUGAAAUGGAAAUUACCAGGAAGCCCUCAACGUCCUUACUCCAAUCACAGAGCAUCUCCAAUAAACUGGUGAAAUCUCACGUAUCUGAUACGGUGCGAAGGCUUGAUCUUGCCUCUGAGCUGUCAUUUGAUAGUAACAAGAAUUACACAAAACCUAUAAAUAAAAUAAUAAAUGGCACUAAAGUAAGCAAGAAGUUGAUCCUUGACGAAGGAUUAGAUGCUGGUAAGGUAAACAAGACCUGGAAGUCUCAAGUAAGAAAUGGUAUCCUUGCGAAAUCUAGACGGCGAAAGAACUCCUGGGCAGAUAGAAAAGACCCAGUCUACACGUUAGAUUCAAAAGACCUUGAUGAAGAAAAUGAAGAAUUUGAGACCGAUAAGAACUUCACAUGUUCAUCAGAGCGAGCAGAUACGUAUCCCAGUGAUCAACCUGAACUCUCAGAAGAUGACACAGCAGUCGAAAACAUAGCCGAAAGGAUCAAAAACCGAAAAGUAAAUCACGUCAAGGAAGUAUCUCCAAGUAUACAAAAUCCAGUGCCGGAAACUGAGCCCUCCCGACGAAGUACAAGGCGGAAAAGAGGUCCAAGUAAAACAGACAUCGAGAACACUAUCUACGUAGAAUUAUCAGAAAACUCCGAGGUUAAAUCCAAGAGAAAGAACCCACCAAAAUCUGGUUCUAAAGCAAAGCGACAAAGGGUUCACAGAACCACACGCGUUGUGAUAGAUUCCUCGACGGAGAUGACAACGAUGCCACGGAAAUCUACAAGGAUGAUCAAACAGACCACAAAGAGAACGACCAGGAACGCAAGGAAGAAUCUCAGUGCGGAUGAAGUCGACAAGAAGCCCAGUGAAAAUACUUAUGACAUUUUACUCGAUAAUUGUAACGAUCCAAGAUCUAACGGAUGUUCAUCGCAGAUGACGAAUGUCCAGAUGGAAGUAAUAAAUGAUGACAAUACCAAUAGUCCGACUGACGAUGAUGUUAUCAAGGAACAAGAAAAUAUGGAAAGGCUACUUCUACAAGAGAUGAAAGAUUUUAAAUUAGCCUGUAGAUUGCAAGCGAAGUUCGAUGAAAUGGAAAGAAUCGCAGGUCGAACUAGAGGUUCUAGAAGAGCUCUAGAAAGUGAAAACAUCGAAUUGGGUUUUUAUCCUGUGGAUAUUGGGCGAAGCAUCAAUGAACUACCUAACGUUCGCACUGCCAAUCAAUCAAGAAGCGAUCAAACUACAAGGAGUCACAAUAAACAGCGUCGAAGGCCUCAGAGACGUGCACUUAAAUAAGAGACAAAUAUAUUGAGACAUUUAAUACGAGCCCUCCAAAAUGGAUGUUCCUAUACAUAAUAUAUGCAUGCAUGCAUGGACACGGACAUACACAAUUAAUCAUACAGGUUACACACCGAUAUAUAUACAUAAAUACGUUAAACGUAGAAGUUAACGUUCUUGAAAUUCGAUAAACAUUGUAUUAUAUUUUAUCGAUCUUAACAAAAUUAUUUGCGUCGAAUUAACAUGCGUACCUGGAUAGUUUUGGGUUGACUAUAAUUAAGGAAAACCGAAUUCACCGAUUGAGGUUUCAUUCCCCAAGACUAUUUAAGAUUUUUUUUUUCUUUUUUUUCGAGAAAGCGAAUGCCUAUUAAGUAACGAGGACUUCACAAUGGAGGCGUAUAAUUUCGAAGUAUAGAAGUGGCAAUAUUAAGGAACUUCAGGAAUUAUAAUGCGCUCCAAUAUCUUCAACCGCGCAAUGUUUAUCUGUAAACUACAUAUACAUAUAUAUUGGACUGUAUAUUUGACGUGGCUUUCCUGAUCGCUGAAUUUUCUUUUUCUUUUUUAUAUCAUUUAAUAAUAAUUCGUUUUGGAAUUCGUAGAACGUUAGCCGCGUAUUGACGACACUCACUUCGAGCAAGUCAGUGUAUUUAAAAAAAAACAAAACGAAAAAGAAAGUGAGUAACGACACAAAGAAAUGAAUUAAUCGUGCUUUGUCUUUUUCUUUUUAAUCGAGGAGUACGCUUUUAAUUCUACAAUGUGCUCAGGUUGGCGACAGACAGCUAUUUUUUAUAUACGAAAUCCUUAAGCCCUCCCUAUCUGUUAUAUCGUGAAGCUUACAAACCCCUUGGAACAUCCUCACGUGUUAUAUGUAUUUGUGUAAAUUCUUGAUACCAGUUAAUCGCCAUAUAGGCCCUUACUCAUACCUCUCUUUUAACGUUAAGAGACGUCUUUUAUCGACUGCUAUCUGCUGUCUUUUAACGACUAAUAGACGUCUCUUAACGCUAAAAGAGAGGUAUGAGUAAGGGCAAUAGACUUCAUAUAUUCAGGAUUGAUGAAACUCGAUUCUUAUCGUAAACGGGACUGUAUUGAAUUUCGUAAUUCAUAGAAGAAGAAAAAACUGUUGACAAUUGAUACGAUUAAAUUUCCAUAAAGCAAUAUCUCUUCCUUGUCAGCUUCCAUGUAUACAAGUAUUUAUCAGUAUGGUACCGCUUACUGUAUACAAAUUUGAAGAAAAUGUCUCGGAUUUAUUAAUUCUGAAUAUUUAUGUUAUUUUAUCAUACACGCGCCAAGGUAUCCGAAGAAAAAUUAUUACUAAGCGGAAUUGUCAAUGCAUACACGCAGCAUACUGUAAGAUUAAUUUUUAAUCACAGAUUAAUAAUUUUUACUAGCCGAUGCACGUCUGAAUUAUGUUUACUUAUAUUUUUCAUUCGACAAUUAUCUUUGACUAGAGCAAUAUAAAAUAAAUCUUUGUCUUUCAUCGUGAGUGACAGGAUUACGAAAAUCUGUA